AUGGAGAGCUUCUUCUAUCAACUUCUCCUCGUUGGAAUCUUCUUAGUAACAUUCCCAUUCCCAUUGCCUUCUUCUUCUUCUUCUUCUUCUUCUUUUUCUACAGUACCAACAAGACAUUUUCAAUUUAAUGUUGAGUGGAAGAAGGUAACGCGAUUAUGCCACACGAAGCAACUUUUGACAAUAAAUGGUAAGUAUCCCGGGCCGAUGAUUAUUGUUAACGAAGGAGACAAUGUUCAAGUUAAGGUUACUAACCAAGCAGCGAGAAACACUACCAUCCAUUGGCACGGUGUAAGGCAGUUAAGAACAGGAUGGGCAGAUGGACCAGCUUACAUAACCCAAUGCCCAAUCGGAACAGGCAAAACGUAUGUAUACAAUUUUACAGUAACAAAUCAGAGAGGUACACUUCUGUGGCACGCCCAUUAUUCAUGGCAACGUGCAUCCGUUUAUGGGGCUUUCAUCAUUUACCCUCGCAUGCCAUUUCCAUUUUCGGCUCCAGUUCAAGAUCAUAUUCCUAUUAUCUUUGGUGAAUGGUGGAAUGCCGAUGUUGAUGCGGUGGAAAAUGAAAUGAUGCUGUAUGGUGGUGGACCUAAUACUUCGGAUGCUUACACCAUUAAUGGUUUACCAGGGCCAUUAUACCCUUGUUCCAUUAAAGAUACUUUAAUCCAGACUGUUGAGCGUGGCAAAACAUACUUGCUAAGAAUUAUUAAUGCAGCCUUAAAUGAUGAACUUUUCUUUGCUGUGGCAAAUCAUACUUUAACUGUGGUUGAAAUUGAUUCUGUUUACACAAAACCCUUUACAACAUCAGCUAUAAUGAUAGCCCCUGGACAGACAACAAAUGUUUUGCUCACUGCGAACCAAAUCCCUGAUGCUUCCACUGGCAUGUUUGUUAUGGCAGCUAGGCCUUAUCUCACUUCGGUUUUCCCAUUUGAUAAUUCGACCACUAUUGGUUUCUUGAAGUACAAGACGACGCAAUUAGAAAGGGAAAAGCCUCCAUUGCCGCCUUAUAGUUUACCUUCCAAUCUCCCUUCAAUGGAAGAUACAGCAUUUGCUACAAACUUUUCGAACCAGCUCCGUAGCCUUGCAUCGGCUGAUUACCCGUGCAUCGUGCCAAAAGAAGUUGAAAAGCGCAUAAUAACCACUAUAGGCCUGAACUUGCAAGAUUGUCCUGUUAACGAAACCUGUAAAGGCUAUAGAAACAAAAGGUUCUAUGCAUCCAUGAACAAUCAAUCGUUUAUUCGACCGUCAAGGUCAGUACUUGAAUCUCACUAUUGGAAAUUAAACACUGGAUAUGCUUCAGACUUCCCAGAGAAGCCACCACAUGUUUUUAACUACACCGGGGUCGAUCCAGUGGCUGAAAACAUGAACACAGAGUUUAGCACAAGGUUUUUCGAGGUACAUUUUGGGACAAAACUAGAAAUUGUUCUACAAGAUACGAAUUUUCUUAAUCCAGAAAACCAUCCAAUACAUGUACAUGGUCACAAUUUCUUCAUUGUGGGAAGGGGGUUUGGAAACUUUGAUAUUGACAAGGAUCCGGCAGGUUACAAUCUGUUGGAUCCUCCAGAAAGGAAUACAGUGGCUGUACCUGUCGGGGGAUGGGCUGCAAUUAGGAUCAAUGCAGAUAAUCCAGGCGUAUGGUUCAUACACUGCCAUCUUGAGGAGCAUACUUCUUGGGGUCUAGCCAUGGGAUUCAUUGUGAAAAGCGGUCCGGAGUCAUUCCAGUGUUUGCUUCCACCACCUAGUGAUUUUCCCCCCUGCUGA